AUUUUAAACUCUACUCGAUGCUCCAGUGUUUUACAGUGGGGUUUCGUUUUGUUGCUCUCUUGGAUCGGACUCAGAUGCCAUUUUUCUAGGAGCUGCUACUAAGUUGAAAAUGAGAGGAACCCUUGGUGGAGUCGGUGGUGCUUCCCCUAGUCUCAUUGAGCCCAGACACAGGCUCUCUUCUUCUGCAUCUAUUGAGGAGACCAACAAAAGGAGGCUUUUGAGAAGUAAAAGCUACAAAGAAGGGGAUAAGGCACUCUUCAGUCCCACCAAAGAUAAGUCUCUGACCUGCAAAUUCCCUAUAUUGAAGCUUGCCUUUGCUGUUAUUGCAUUGGGAGCGCUGUUUACACUAUGGCAUUCUCCAGCAAUUCAUUCUGAGAUUUCGGCAAAUUCAGGAUCUAGGUCAUUUUUGGUAGACAAACAGACAAGAAAGGAUGCUGGUGUUGAUCAACGAUAUAUUUCUGUUUCAGAUAUUCAAUGGGACCAAAUGUCACGAGUUAUUGAGAAACUGACUGAUACACAUGAGUCUUUGGGUGUAGGGUUGUUAAACUUUAAUGACAAUGAAAUUGAUCACUGGAAAGAGCUAUUACCUGAUGCAGAACAUGUGAUAUUGAACCUGGAUUAUAUCUCAAAUAAUGUCACUUGGGAUACAUUAUAUCCUGAAUGGAUAGAUGAAGAAGAAGAAUUUGAGGUUCCCACUUGUCCUACCUUGCCCAAGCUUCAGGUUCCGCGCAAACCACGCAUUGAUCUGAUAGCAGUAAAACUACCCUGCAAGAAGCCCGGGGACUGGUCGAGAGAUGUGGCUCGUCUACACUUGCAACUUGCAGCAGCGAGGUUUGCUGCCACUGCUAAAGGAUUUCAUCCAGUGCAUGUACUCUUGGUCACUGAGUGUUUCCCCACUCCAAAUUUGUUUACUUGCAAAGAUCUAGUCGCACGUGAAGGAAAUUUGUGGUUAUAUAAACCAAAUUUAAACACUUUGAGGGAUAAACUUCAACUUCCCGUUGGAUCGUGUGAACUUGCAGUUCCUCUCAAGGCUAAAGAGCAAUGGCACUCUGGUAAUGCACGUCGAGAAGCAUAUGCAACAAUCCUGCACUCAGCACAUUUUUAUGUGUGUGGGGCCAUAGCUGCAGCUCAGAGCAUUCGCAUGGCAGGUUCUACUCGGGAUCUUGUGAUACUUGUUGACGAGACAAUUAGUGACUAUCAUAGGGGAGGAUUGGAGGCAGCAGGAUGGAAAAUUCAUACAAUAAAAAGAAUCAGAAACCCAAAAGCUGAACAAGAUGCCUACAAUGAAUGGAACUAUAGCAAAUUCCGUCUCUGGCAGUUGACAGAUUAUGACAAAAUCAUCUUCAUUGAUGCUGAUUUGUUAAUACUAAGAAAUAUCGACUUUCUCUUUGAGAUGCCAGAAAUAACUGCAACGGGAAAUAAUGCUACACUGUUUAAUUCAGGGGUGAUGGUUGUUGAACCGUCAAACUGCACAUUUCAGUUGUUGAUGGAUCAUAUCAAUGAGAUUGAAUCAUACAACGGUGGGGACCAAGGGUAUUUGAACGAGAUCUUCACAUGGUGGCACCGAAUCCCAAAACACAUGAACUUUCUGAAACACUAUUGGGAAGGUGAUGAGGAGGAGAAGAAAGAAAUGAAAACACAGCUGUUUGGUGCAGAUCCUCCAGUCCUGUAUGUUCUUCACUAUUUAGGGUUGAAACCAUGGUUAUGCUUCCGUGACUACGAUUGCAACUGGAAUGUUGAGAAAUUGCACGAGUUUGCAAGUGAUGUUGCGCAUAGGACAUGGUGGAAAAUCCACGAUGCAAUGCCGGAGAACUUGCACAAGUACUGCUUGCUUAGAUCCAAACAGAAGGCGGCCUUGGAGUGGGAUCGAAGGGAAGCCGAGAAAGCUAACUACACAAAUGGCCAUUGGAAGGUCAAGAUAAAAGACCCGCGUUUACAGAUAUGUUUUGAAGAUUUUUGCUUCUGGGAGAGCAUGCUAUGGCACUGGGGAGAAACAAAUUGGACAGAUAAUUCAACUUCUACUCCAACACCACCUAUGGUUAAAACUGUUUCACUCUCCUCUUUAUAAUUGGAGAUGUAUAUGAGUAUAUGACACACAGAAGAAUCAGCUUUUAGCUAUUGAAAUUGAAAGAAUGCUACAAUGUAUAAGUAUAUUCUUUUGCUUCUUGAACUCAAUUGCUUAGCCACUUCAUGUGUUGAAGCCCUAUGUAUAAGUAUUUUCCUGCA